GAAUAUUGAAAGGCCCUAAACAGGGUGCAAUUAUGACUGUUCAAUGUUUAGAACAGUCUAUUGAAGAUCUUAAAAAUGAAAUUCAAGAAGAAAAUAAUGAUGAAAAACUGAAAUUUAAUUAA